UCAAAUUUUCCAUCAUGAUGGUCCUUAAACAGUAUUUCCAUAAUGUCUUUUACCCAUACACAGCGGUACACUUUCUUAAAAUUGUACAUUCUACCAUGUGUAAAUUAUGCAGAUUCUGCCAUAUAUUUGCUACCAUCUACUUCUCUCUAUUUUCACAGCUUUUAGUGUAGUUGGGGCCACUCUCAUCUCUUGUCUGGAAUAUUACACUGCUUUUAAAAUUAGUCUUCCUGUUUCCACCCCAGCUUCCUCAAAUUUCACUAUCCACAUUUCAGUCAGGGGGAUCUUUCUAAAUUGAAAAUCUGGUCGUGCCACUCUCCUGCUUAAUAUUCCACAGUUUCCAGGAUAAAGUUCAGACUCCCUGCUUCAGCACACAAGGCCCAGCAUCUCUUCUCCAGCCCUUCCUCUAUAGAGUAUUGGCUCCAAUCAUACCAAUUACUUUUUGCAGUGCCCUAAAAGCAUCAUGCUUUUAGGUCCCCUUUUCAUAGAAUACCCUUUCCUUUAGCCCCCCUAAUUCCUAUCAUUCAUAUCUUAAAACUCAGUUCAACUAUCCUUUUCUCUAAGAAGCUUCCCACAUGGUUGCAUGGUUGAUUGUCCCUUUGCCCCACUCUCACUAAGACUGAGUUGCCUGGGGCUGCAGAAGGUCUGGCCCAUAGUGGAUGCUCAAGAAAUGUCUAUAAUCCCCUUGGCCCUUUUACAUAUGUUGCAUAGCAUUAAGACUGCAAUACCUAAAGAUACUUUUCAUCUAUCACUGUUAUUUUUUUUCCAAUCCUGUCAACUAAGCAAAAAUAAGCCGAUUUUCAGUUGGACCCUAAAGCCUGUGGAUGGUACUACAAAUGAAGCCUCUUGGGGCUGGGGGGUGGGGGAGUCACUUGAUAAGAAAACGGUAUUCAGGAAGAUUUCCUCUCGGCUCCAGGGAAUCCUAAACCCAUGAACUGGCUGUUUUCCCAAAAGCUUUCUUCAGAAAUCUAUUAAAAAUUUGGAUUUUCUUUUCCCAUGGAAGUUAGCAUCUCCAUGACUGUUCCAAUCUAGUCAAAACCACAUGACUGAACUGAAACACUGAAAGAAUUCUGAGUGUAGACAUGGAAGCAAUACAACAGGGAAAUGGAAGAUGUUCAGUUUAACACUCAUGGCUGAAUGCUUGCACUGGCAUUUGUGUAUCUGAGGACGGAGUGGAGGGAGACAGGUGAUUGAGUUGAGAUAUCUCUGCCCUACCUCACCCUUUUGUAGGGGACACAUUUCAUUCCCCUUUUAUAGGCUGGGUAGGUGAAACUUUAAAUUGCAAGUCUGUAUGUAGUCCCUUCCCCUCCCCUUGCUACUUAGGGCUUCGAGCUCUUUUCCUUGUUCCCCCCAUCCCUUUCCCAGCCAUGUGUUAGGAGGAAUGGGAGCAUGGCAAGCACACUAGCCAAAUGUCAGGAGAUCCAUGCCACCUAGGUCAACCACCUGUCAUAAUGAGCCUCCUGCGUUGUGGUUUGCUCAGCUUCGAAUUGAGGGGACAGCAAGAUCAUCUCUAAGGACCCUUUUGGCUCAAGGAAUCACACCAAAGGUUAUUUCCAGUUUUGAAACCCUAGGCAUUAACUCCCAUAAACCUUUACUUGAUGGCACUUCAGUGAAUGUAAUUCAGUAUAGAGAGACAGUUCUAGAGAAUAGGGCCACCAAAGGGCAGAUCAACUUUUGCUUUAAGCUGUUUUCCUUUUUCAAUGUUUCUUCCAUUUCUAGUCUAGGGCAUCCCAGGAUCUAUACCUCCCAAAGGUCAUUUAAGAGCUCCAAGUUUUUUUUUCACAACAUUCUCCAAAGGGCAAGAAGGGAGCCUGGAGACCUGGCUUGUAAACUAGAGACUGCCUGUCAGCAUAUUAUGGAUGUGACUAAAGAGAAGAUGUUGAAAUACGAUAACUGCUUUAUACUGCAACAAAAUUGUGAGAUCCUUGAUUGAAGAACCAUUUCUAAUUCACUUCUGUAUCCCCAGGACCUACCACAAUGCCUAACACAGAGUGAGGUGCUAAGUAAGUAGUGAUUCAGUGACUCAAAGCACUAUAUCUAAUCAGGUAAGAAUGCCUACCCUCUGUUCUUUACAAAGUUAAGUCUAACGAUUAAUUAGUGAUUGUUUUAAUUAUUAAUAAGUGACUUUCUACGAGCAGAUUUUGAAUAAAAAAUUCAGUGAUUUUAUUAUGAAAAUAUUGUGGCUAUAUGUGUGCUAUAUUUACAGGCAAUAUUGGAGCAUCACAGAAAAAGUCUGUGUUUUUCUAAUUUCAUCUAUACAAACAGCAUUUUUUAAUGUUGUGAAAUGACAUUUUUUUAAAAUAAGAAGGUGGUUAUUAUAGGCACAAUAUGUUUAUCAGAUGCAGCCAGAUGGUUCAACCUGGGUGUAUGGAGAGAAUGAGUGGUCAUUCCUAUGUUACUUCCUUUGGGCAGAGCAAAAGAGCUGAGCCUCAGGGCACUAGGAGGGCAUCCCUUGUGGAACUCACUACCUUAACCACAAGGCUGCCCAGGGAUGUCCAGGAGGUAGCUUCUAGGCAGGGGCUAAGGGAUUCUGCUUGUCCCUGAGAAGAAACCUCCUGGAACCUAAGCUCUUCUAAUGCCUGGUUAGACUCUCAAGUACCAUGCCCGCCCCCAGUAAAUUGGCGGCCCCAGGGACUGAAGUUGAUUGCUCAGGAGGACACGCCCCGUCACCAUAACGUGCUUUCAUUCGUCUCUGACCUUCCUGCACUGAGUCAGGCUGACCCCCAGCUAGACUCCGUGUGCUUAGAGACUUCAAACUCCAUUACCAUGGCCUUCCUGGUAAUGUUGCUAAGGAGAGCGGCCCAGGCAUCAGUACCAGGUGUUGGGCCCAUCAGACUAAUGAGAAAAUGAAAAGCAAAAGAACAACCUCCUGGACGAUGAAAAGUCUUUUUCCAUUAAUUUUCCCUUCAGCGCGAGGCGAGAGAGCCUGCGCCUAGAGUCCAAGGUCCAGGCCCCCCGCCCACCACCAACUUCCCUGGCGCUGCGCCUCCAGGAGGGCGGGGCACUGCCACUUCACUGUGUCUUCCCAGAAGCCACCGCGUGACUCCUCGGAGAUAAAAAGGCGGGAGUGAGGCGGCGUUUCCAGACCAGCGUGGGGGUUGGCGCUGUGGGCCUGUUGUUUUUUUCUCACCUCUUUCAUUCCUCUCGGGCUGCCCCGCAGGCCAGGCCUGGAUGCUGGUUCCCUCUGGCGUAGCUCGGUUCCUCAGGAAGAAGACGAGACAGGCCUUCGAGGGCCAAGAGCCCUCCGAGGCCUGGCGGUGGGGUGGCAAUGUGGUCACUACGGGUCUAUACGCGCAAAAAGCGGGCCAGCCAUAGGCUCAACCUAACCCCAACGCCAGAUCUAGGUGCCCUGGCUAAGGCGGAGGCCCCGUCAGGGCCCGGCCGGAAGCUGUCUGCCCACUGUAAGCGCCGUGUGGCUGGCCUACGGAGUGGGACACGGGGUGGGCUGGGCCUAAGCCCCAGGGACCUCCGAGGCCCGCGGGCAGGCCUCCAAAGCUUUUUCCCUGAAGCAUGUCACCCUCUCUUAGGCCUGAAAAGAAGUGGCAAAACGCGCGGUUUGCAGAGAAUCACAGAGAAAUCAGAGCGGAGUCGGCCGGGAGGUAGCAGCUCCGGGCCACCGAGCACUCAGUUAAGAGGUACAGGAGAGAAAAGCCUGCAUGAAAAUAGCACUAGUGAAGAAGCCCAGGAUGAGAAGAUUGCUCCAUUGAGUGAGUCAGUGACAGAUGACCUCCAGGUUGAUAGUAGCUUAUCAAAUAGUGAACGAGUAUCAGGACUAAGUUUACAGCAUGAUAUUUCUAGCUCUCUUCUAAGUUACUCAAUCACAGACUCUUAUACAGAAUACAAGACUUUUGAAGAGAGUUUAAGUAGCUUCCCGUCGCCUGAACUCUUCAGAGGAUCAGAUUAUUUAGAUUGGGAGUGUCCCAUGUUGGAAGAAAACUUGCUAUGUAAGAAUUCCACUCUUUUGGACACCAGUAAAGCAGUACCGAUACAGAAGGCACUACAGUUUUCAAACCUCUCUGCAAUUUUAGGUACCUCUUCAGAAGACUAUCAGAAAUGCCAUAGGAAAGUCAUGAUGAUGUUAGCAGACCAAAGUAUUUCUCCAAAACCAAAGAGUACUGCAAGUUCAGAAUCAGAUAAUGCAUCUUGUGGAGUUUUACUUGCUGAGAAAAAUUACCCUUCAACCCCUCAAAAAACAAAGAAAAAAAACACACAUUCCAGUACUUCUGAUAAGAAAAGCAGAGGCCUGUUAACAAGUACUCCGUCUUCACAAACAGCUAGUUUAAUGAUUGAUUUGUCCUCAGUGCAAAAAACAUCUUUUGAAGAACUGUUUCCAAAUGUCAGCAAUUAUGUUAAUUCAAAUGAAAUUGUUCCUGUGUCAACUUUGCAAGAAAAUUCUUCAAAUGAGACAUUGAGUGUAAAUCCUGAGCCUCCUAUGGCUAGCUCUUCCAAGGGGCUAAUUUCCGGUGUGUCAGGGUUCGAGGCGCAAGUGAUAAACACCGAGGGCCGCUGCCCUCAGUGCCUGGCCGAGGCCGUCUCUGCCGGGAGGCAUGGCUGCGGGGAGCGUCUUGGCAGAUCCUCCACCAGACCCGUGAGCCAGCGCCGCUCAGUCAAGCUCUGA